CUUUUUGGCCAUUCGCUUCAGCUCAUCUGCUCCGAGACUCGGACGGAGGCUGAAUGCUGCACAGCGCACUACCAGGACUACGGACACACCUAGUUACCUCGCGGUAACUUAGUGGCCUUUAGCGAGUGGAAACUGGUGUACGCGGAACGCUACAUGAGUUUACCCCUGCAAAGCUCACCAACGAACAACAGCAACGAACCUUUCCACCCGGAAAAAGGACCAGCGACCUUCCAGCAACCGAGCGAGCGGACUAGACGACAACGUGCAGCCCACGGGAACAUCCCAGCUCUGCGCACCUUUCCAGGACAUCAUUCGCAUUACCAUCGCCGCUUCUACAAAGACUGCACAGUCUUUUGGAUCCAGCGUAUGGACUCCAGGACAGAAUAUGUACCCCCCUUGGGGACCCCUCCUGGUGCUGCUGGUCGCGUGGGCAGCUGCAGAGACCCUGUCGGCCCCCCAGGACAGCGCCAACGAGGUCCUGACGCUCCAGGAGACAGAACUCGCGAACGUACGGAAUCUUGUGAAGGAGAAUGCCAUCGGAAACCUCCACAGUCAACAGAAUGACGCAGCCACAGCCCUCCAGCCUGUCUUGCCACCUCCCUCCACCAUAGUGCCCCCACACCCCUCCACAGUGCCCACCUCUCCUCCAUCUCCCUCCUCCAGCGUGGGGCCUCCAGCCCCCACCACUCCUCCAUCUCCCUCCACCACCGUGGGGCCUCCAGCCCCCACCACUCCUCCAUCUCCCUCCACCACCGUGGGGCCUCCAGCCCCCACCUCUCCUCCAUCUCCCUCCUCCACCGUGGGGUCUCCAGUGCUGGCCCCUCCUUGCCCGGGGGAGCAGGUAGUCAUGGGGGUUGGGGCAGGCUGUGAGUGCCCUGUAGGCCUGGUGAAGGAGGGAGAGAGGUGUGUGUGUCCUGCAGGUCUGGUGAAGGAGGGAGAGAGGUGUGUGUGUCCUGCAGGUCUGGUGAAGGAGGGAGAGAGGUGUGUGUGUCCUGCAGGUCUGGUGAAGGAGGGAGAGAGGUGUGUGUGUCCUGCAGGUCUGGUGAAGGAGGGAGAGAGGUGUGAGUGUCCUGCAGGCCUGGUGAAGGAGGGAGAGAGGUGUGUGUGUCCUGUAGGCCUGGUGAAGGAGGGAGAGAGGUGUGUGUGUCCUGCAGGCCUGGUGAAGGAGGGAGAGAGGUGUGAGUGUCCUGCAGGCCUGGUGAAGGAGGGAGAGAGGUGUGUGUGUCCUGCAGGGUUUAAACAGCAGGAGGCCGGAGAGUGCCAGGAUGUGGACGAGUGCGCAGGGGAUGGGCGGGACCCCUGUGGUCUCCAUGCCAACUGUACAAACACGGCCGGCUCCUUCACAUGCAGCUGUCGCCGUGGUUACCUGAAGAGCCCCACAGGAGAUUGUCAAGACGUGGACGAGUGUGCGCUGGCCGCGGUGACGGGGCUCCGGGCGUGUGUGGGCGGGGCCGUGUGCAGGAACUCCCCCGGCUCCUUCUCCUGCUCGUGCCCCCUGGGAUACGUGAUGAGGCUGGACGGGCUGGGCUGCGUGGAUGUGGACGAGUGCACCUUCGAGGAGCAGUGUCGCAGGGAGUUUGGGAACGUUUGUGCCAACACCCCUGGGAGCUACAUCUGCCAGUGUCAGGCAGGAUUCAGAGCAGAAACACCAGCCUGUGUAGAUGUGGACGAGUGCAAGGAAAGCCCUGAUGUGUGUGUCGGUCGGGGUGUGUGUGAGAACACCCUGGGGAGCUACAAGUGUGUCUGCCAGCCGGGCUACAAAGGAAACGGAACCCACUGCGAAGAUGAGAACGAGUGUGCGUCGGGUCGCCAUGGCUGCGACGCCAAAGCUCGCUGCGGCAACAUCGUCGGCUCCUACUUCUGCCAGUGCUACCAGGGCUACAGCGGAGACGGCUUCUCCUGCUUCGACGUGGACGAGUGCGUGCUGAGUAAUGGGAACUGCCAGCACAACUGCAGUAACCAGCCCGGGGGAUACCAGUGCCUGUGCCAGCCUGGGUACCUGCUCUCUCCGGACAAACACAACUGCACAGACGUGGACGAGUGUUCGUCUCUGAACGGGACGUGCGAACAGAACUGCGCCAACACGGAGGGAUCCUUCUUCUGCUCCUGUCUCCCUGGUUACCAGCUGCACAUCGACGGUCACAGCUGUGUGGAUAUCGACGAGUGUAAGUUGCAGGGGGGGGGCUGUUCCCAUGGCUGCACAAACAGCCCUGGGGGGCACAUCUGCCACUGCCCCCACCCCCUGAUCCUGGACGUGGACAAGACCACCUGCGUCAACGUGACGUCAUGUGACCUGCAGAAUGGGGGCUGCUCCCACGCGUGCAGCAUGCGCUCAGAGGGGCGUGUCCACUGCAGCUGCAAGGCAGGCUGGGAGCUGGCCGACGACCAGCGGCGCUGUGUGGACGUGGAUGAAUGCGCUGACUUCACGCACGGCGGCUGUGAGCAGCUCUGUGUGAACCACCCCGGCUCCUUCAACUGCAGCUGCCGGGAGGGGUACGAGCCCCGCAGUGACGCCCCCGUACAGUGCACCCCUGUGUGUGACCCCCCCUGUCAGAAUUACGGGGUGUGUGUGGCCCCGCACUCCUGUGACUGCCCGGCAGGCUACCCUGGACCUGGCUGCUCGGCCAUGUGCUCCCCUCCCUGCGCUCACGGCGGGACCUGCAUGCGCUGGAACAUGUGUCUGUGCCCCCCUGGCUGGACUGGGCCCGGCUGCCACACAGCGGUGUGUGAGCUUCCCUGUGCUAACGGUGGCCGCUGUGUGGGUCCAGACUCCUGCCAGUGCCCCUCUGACUACACUGGGCUUCAGUGCCUAACCCCCCUCUGUACCCCAGCCUGUCAGAACGGAGGCAGGUGUGUCGACGUCAACAAGUGCACCUGCACUGGAGGAUGGCUGGGCGCCCGGUGUCAGAUAGAACCUGUGCGGUGCCAGACAGGGUGUAAGAACGGCGGCGUGUGUGUGGGGCUCAACAGGUGUCGCUGCGCCAGCGGAUUCACGGGGAAGGUCUGCGAGACAGCGGUAAUGACGCCCUGCGUGCCUCCGUGCAAAAACGGCGCCACCUGCAGCCCUCACAACAAGUGCAGCUGCCCCGAGGGCACCGCCGGCAUCCGCUGCCAGACACUCACGUGUCCGGUGGUGACGAUGGUGGUGAGCAUGGCGAGGGCCGUGAGGAAGGGCGUGAGAGAGAGCUACGUGGACCGCUGUGGCCCCCUGGGAGUCCACCUCUGCACCAAGUACAGGAUCAACCAGGCAAGGGUGUACCUGCUGGCCUACCGGGUGGGCUACAGAGUCCACUGCCCAGAGAAGAAGGGAACAUGAGGACCCCAUCGGCAAAACAAAACUCUUCCCAAAAAUAUCUACUGCUGUAGCUACGACCUCACACAGCACUGACCUCAGUGGUGACCCAGCACGACCUCUGUGUGACCCCUGUGAAAACCUUUGAGUGACCGCCACUGCCUCAUGCCGAGUGGUGGAAACCCGACAGACUAUCUGGACUAACGGGUGUUUCGGUAAAACUGAAGACAGAUGCGUUGCAUCAACCAGCACAGCCCCGAUUGGCACACCAUCUCUGAGUCUGUGUGAAAACAAAGUGAACACUUUGAACCCGUUGAAGUGUUUUUUUUUCUCCAAAAUUCUAAGUCAGUGUACUAACUUCAGUUGUUCAAUAACCAGCAGUUAAGUAUGAGGUUUUGAACACAGCCAAGAAUACUAGACAAAAAAAGAAACUGCCACUAAUUCUUAAAGCUGGGUUUUUUGCAAAUGCUAUUUGUUUUGUUUUGCAAAUCAUCCACACAUCCAGUCUGUCUGUUUUUUGUUUUUUUAAAAGUCUGUCUUAUGUAAUAAAACCCUCAACCCACAAAAAGGGAUCUCAAUGUUUCAUACAAAAAAAAAGGUACAAAAGCUUGUCACUGGGGUGGUAGCCUGUAGGUAUGCAUAUAUACAUUGUAUAUUGAUGGAUUAUUGGAUUAAUAAUUAGUACCAUUUUUGUUUGGAAACGGUACUUAUUUCUACCCGAAAUUAUAGUAUUGUACCUUCCAGGGUACAUCUGGGAAAUUUGUUCCUUAAAAGAACAAAAAUGUACCUCCACUGUAUCCCUAUUGCUGAGAGUGUUGUCUUCGUGGGGAAAUCCCAUUUAGUUCUUUAUGGAACCGUGUAUGGUAGCUGUGGAAGCUGUUUUACAAUAAACAAAAACAAAAUGAAAA